AUGGGUCGGAGGAAAAUUGAAAUCAGAGCCAUCAAAGAUGAUCGCAACCGUUCUGUUACCUUUCUCAAGCGAAAGGGCGGUCUCUUCAAGAAAGCCUAUGAGCUUUCUGUCCUGUGUUCCGUCGAUGUGGCAGUCAUCAUUUUCGGGCACAAUAAGAAACUAUAUGAGUUUUCUUCUGGGGAUAUCAACGAGACCCUAAGGCGAUAUCAAUACUAUGGCCAACCACAUGAACAUAAAGGGCCUAUAGACUUCAAGAACAAAGGUGGUGCUGGCGAUGAGGAUGAAGAUGAAGAUGACGACGAGGAUGUGCCAAGUCAUGCUAGAGAGGAAUCUCUCCCUCCUCAUCACGUCCUGCCUCACAUGCAGCACCACAACUCCUUCGCUCAUAUUCAACAGCCCAUGGCUUCUGUUUCUCCUCCUAUGCCGAAUGGCAUGUUUCAGCCUCGCCACUCCACCCCUCAACCUCCACAUAUGAUUUCCAGACCGCCUUCACAGAAUAUGGUCCGUAGGACCAGUUCCAAUCUUGUCCCUUUACAACAGCCUCACCCUACCCCACCUCCACCCCAAAAUGGAUUUGCCUACGUGCCGAAUCCACCUAUAUAUAACCCUCAGGCAGCUGCUAUCGGUCCUCCUCAUCCCUCUCCUCAACCUCAGUAUCAGCAGUUUCCUCCUCAGCCACACCCGCAUCCACAACCUACACCUCCGCCAACGCAAACGCACCAACAAAUGCAACAGGCACAUCAACAAUAUCUACAAGAGCAGCAGCGAGCAUCCCAGCCUCCUCCGCCUCCUCCCACAAUCUCACAGCCUACUCUACAGCCGCCGGCCCAGCCACAUCCCCGAACCUCGCCUCGACCUGAGAAUCAGUCCCUAAGACCACCGGAGCAGGGUAGUCCUCCACAGCCAAAACAUAUAUCCUCCAAAUCUCGAAGUAUCUUUACUCCAAUCGACGAGGGGGGCUCGGUUCUAGCACAGCAUUUCUUUGGAGCUCCAGACCCCCCAAAGUCCAAACGGGAAGAAGACUUAGCGGAUAUCAAACCACCUCCCAGGAGCAUCACAGUCCCCUCCAUCCCGCGGCCGUCUUCUCAACCCAACAGCCGAUCACAGACCACUGUACCUGAAUUUGCCCCUCCACAGCGGACAAACACUUCAGGUUCCAAAUCCGGGGCUAGACCCAAACUGAACCUUCAGAUCCCAUCAGAAGCCGAGGACAAUGAUUCUCCGAGCGGCGGAUCGCCUCUGCAAUCAGCAGGGCCGUCAGCAAAUCCUGCUAGGGGUGGAGAUCACAUUGUACUUCCCCCGCCUUCCCCUAGCGCCUCGGCAGUCAUGUCAGCAGGCGCGUCGGGACCUCCGAAUCCCUUUGCUAGACCUCCGCCGCCCACUUCAAAUCAGAAUCGAGAUGCUUACGGUGACAAUCGAAAUAACAUUGAGACCCCCAUAUCAGCCUUGCCGAGUCGAUAUAUGAACAACGACCUGCUACCCAGCCCGAGCAAUUUCUUCAGUGAGUGGUACGACUCAGGGCGGAAUCCUCUGAAUUCAGCGGUUCUGCCCAGUCCUUUGGUAUUUCCUACUCCAGCAGAUGCCAGGUCAGGGCUAGGCUUUAGCGGUAGAGAUACCGCGAACGAGUCUAACGGAGAGAAGAGAAAGACCAGUAUCGAUAUGCAGGAUAAAGAGGGAGACGUGAAGAAGGUGAAAACAUGA